CAAAACGAGCGACAAACAAAAACAGCACCAUUUGGUUCUCCGCCUCUCUCAGCAAUCAUCCAUGGCUCACUCAUCUGCCUCUGAUUCCCGCUGCCACCUCACCGUCAACCCUCCCCUUCCGAUCCCCAAAGAUGUUCAAGGAUCUGACAAUCCUAUUCCGCUUUCACCACAAUGGCUUCUUUCAAAGCCUGGGGAGAGUAAGCCUGGAAUAGGAACUAUGGAAAAUCGUCCUGCUUCGUGUACAGCUAACGGAGAUCGUUCCGAAGUCGUGAAGCCACUGGGAAAUGAUGAGGGGAUGCUUGAUACCCAAAGAAGGAUGUUUUUAGGCCAUCCUUACUUGAUAUGGAAACUGGUCUGCGAGAACGCUGGCGUGAUGAAGAACGAGACACACAUUCAUCUGUGCGCAAAGAUCACUGGAGGGAUGGUGAUAAAGUGCUCGGUGACACUCGCAGGAUGGAUCGAUGGGCAGACUUGCCUUCGAAACAAUUUGGAGAAGCACGCCGUGCACCCACCGAGCGGUGGACCGAUUCAGGUAACAGGGAUUCGAACUAUGAUCAAAAGCGUGAGAGCAAAUGGAACACACGCUGGGGGCCUGAUGUUAAAAACAAUGAAAGGUCACGAGAGAAGUGGGCUGACUCCGGAAGAGAUGGUGAUAUGCCUCUUGACAAAGGGUUGUCUCAUCUUUCCAGUCAUGGAAAGGAUGUGAGGGAGGGUGACUACUUUCGGCCAUGGAGAUCCUCCUCUUCUCAAAGUCGAGGAAGGGGUGAGCCUCCUCAUCACCCCACACUAACUCCAAGCAAACAGGCUCCCUUGUUUUCUUAUGGCCGGGGACGUGGUGAAAGUCACCCUUCAACAUUUUCUGCUGGCCAUGCAAGGGGAAGUUCUGGUGGAAACCCAGGGGCUAGUAUACCUUCCCAUCAUCAAAAUUUGGGAAUCAUAUCUGAAAAGGGUGAUAUUGACCGUGUGGAGCCAUCCCCUUUAAGAUAUAGUAGGAAAAAAUUGCUAGACUUAUAUAUGAGGACUAACAUGAGAGUUUACCAAAAACUCAUAGAAGAGCUUGUAUCGGUGCCUUCACUUACACAUAAUGAACCAUUGGAUCCUCUAGCUCUUUGUGCUCCUAACCCUGAUGAAAUGCUUGUUCUAAAUGGAAUUAACAAAGGGGACAUAACAAAUAGUGGUGCUCCAUUGAUGCCUAAAGAUGGGACUGCCAUCAUGAACUCUACUGAGUUUACUCAUUCAAGACGAAACAAAAUUGGAAGUAGAGAAGAUUUACCACCUGAUGUUGAUGAUUCUAAAGAGGAAAGUUCUGACAUUCUAAAUAACAGUUAUUCACAGCUUGAAAAGCUGAAGGGAAACCCAGAUACUAAAUUCAAAUCGGAAGCUGUGGAGAAUAGGGGUCCUUACAGAAGGGAUGAAGAGCUUCCCUUAAGUAGGGAAUCAAGUAUACUAGUCACUAACUCUGUUAAUCCUUGCACCGUGUGGCGAGCCUCUUCAUUGGGAGAACAAUCAUCUAUAAUCAAACAGGACUGGAAGGAGAUUCCAAAUGAUGUCAGGUCAAUAACCCCCGACAUGAGCUGGUCACAACCACGGAAAGAUAUAAUUAACCAACAAGAAAGUAAUGUGACAAAUUCAUCCUAUUCUAGAGAUGGAGGAAAUUGGCAAUCCAGUGAGGAUUCUAUCCUUAAGAGACAGUCAUCCGUUGUUUUGGAAGGGGAACCCGAGUCUAGGAAGCUGCCUGCUCCGGAGGAGCUUGUCCUUCACUACAAAGAUCCUCAAGGUGAAAUUCAAGGGCCUUUUUCUGGGAUUGAUAUCAUAGGUUGGUUUGAGGCAGGAUAUUUUGGGAUAGAUUUGGAAGUUCGGCUUGCAGGUGCACCGGAGGACUCACCAUUUUCCUUACUUGGUGAUGUAAUGCCCCACUUAAGAGCUAAAGCCCAGCCGCCACCUGGAUUUGGUGUGCCAAAGCAGGGUGAAUUCUCAGAUUUGUCAAGCAGGCAAAAUUCUAGUAGCCUCGGGAAAGUUCAUUCUGGUGCAAGUGAUAUUGAUAUGAUCAGAAAUGAGCCAAGGCCUGCAACAGAAGCUGAAAAUAGGUUUCUGGAGUCACUCAUGUCCGGUGGCAUGAACAAUUCAUCCCAAGGAUAUCUUUCAAAUAAUCCUGGUAGCAUUCUGGUAUCUGGAACAGAAAAUGGGAGUGAUCUGUAUCCCUUGGGCAAGAGAAUGACUCUGGAACGGCAGAGUUCAAUCCCAAAACCCUACCCUCAUUGGCCAGGGAGAGAUGCUGCAUCUUUGGUAUCAAAACCAGACAUCAUCUCUGAAUCACCUGCAGCACAUGCAAAACUCCUCGCAUCAUUGACUGAUAGCACUCUUCAGCCACCUCAUUCGCAAGCUGCUGAUUUGAUGUCCAUCCUCCAAGGAUUACCUGGCAGGUCUGCUCCUGGGGUAAAUAAUAGUGUAGGUGGUUGGUUGAAUUUCCCUGCACAGGGUGCUUUGGAUCCUCUUCAAGAAAAGAUUGAGAUAAAUCAUGCUCAAAAUUUUCCUACCCAAGCACCCUUUGGGAUCCAGCAACAGAGGCUGCAAACACCGACCCAACCUUGGUUGAAUAAUUUACUUCAACCUGUGGAUAAUCCAUCUGGCAUCUUAAAACCUGAAAAUUUUUUCUCGUCAACAUUUCCUCAAGACUCCCAACUGUUAAAUAUGUUGCAGCAGCAGUAUUUAAUGCUGCAGCUACCCCAGACGCCAGUACAACAAACACAACAGAUGUUACUGCUUGAAAAGAUCAUGUUGCUUAAGCAGCAACAGAGACAGGAGGAACAGAAAAAGUUGCUACGGCAACAACAAUUGCUCUCACUGGUUUUGCAAGGACAUCAAUCCCAGGAGCUAUUUGGUGAACCCUCUUAUGGAAACCUACAGACUACAAUACCAACAGGGAAUUCAUCCAUGGAUCCCAGUCGACUUCAGCCGUCAUCACUAGAUAUUCUUGAGACUGGUUCGAUGAUCCCAGGCACCGUAGAUGAACAUGCUUCUAACUUAAUGAAUCUGCCUCCACGAGUCUCCAGAGAUAUGAGAGAUGCUGUUAGUUCUGGAUCUCGGCCUGUUCUUCUAUCUCAUGAGAUGCUCAGUAGUACACAUUGUGAGAACAGCUUGGGGACCAAUGCACCAGAACUGGUUAAUAGCAUCAAACAAUCUUUACCAGUGACAACAAUCAUUGAAAGCUCACCCUCAUUGGAAGUUAACUUAUCCUCUCAGGAGACUUCCCUUGUGCAAGAGCCACGUCUUGCUUCAAACUGCCAUGCUCUUACUUUGGAGCCGACAUGGGGCUUUGCUCAGAAGGUAGAUGAAACUGUACCAGCUGUACCCGUUGUGAAUGAUGCAAGUUGUGGAACCUUGGAACACAAUGAAACUGCUACUGCUAGAACAUGUAAAACUGACACACCUAGUGAGGAUGUUCAACCUACUGCUUCUAUCGAUGAACUGCAAGUUCAAAGAGAGAAAAGCAAUGAGCAGCCUUCUGUAGUGAGAGAAUAUAAGAACGCUGAAGCUGAUGAAGUAAGAAAAACUUCUGGAAAGAAGUCUAGAAAGCAAAAGGCUGGUAAAUCACAGUCUGACCUUGCAAAGGGACUUUCCAAGCCUUCCUCUUCAGUGCAAAUGAAACCAUCUGAAACUGAAGCGCAAGUUGUUGGUGACACUAACAGUGCUGCACAUAAUAUUGAUGUGAUGUCUCCUGGAAUGAUAAAAGAGAACAACUCAGGUAUUUCCCCAAUGGAUUCUCACUAUGCUAAAAGUUCUCCAGGUGCUAACAUUGUGGCGGUUGACGAUGAAACCAAAGAACUAAAGGAUGAGUCCCGACUUUCCGGUUCUUUCCCAGUGCAGAACCCAAUUGUACAGCCGUCCAUACAUGCUUGGAAACCUGCUCCUGGUUUCAAGCCAAAGUCAUUAUUGGAAAUCCAACAGGAAGAACAGAGGAAGGCUCAAACAGUGAUGGCAAUAUCACAGGUUACUUCUGUGAAUUCUAUCAAUUUGUCAACUCCGUGGGCUGGGGUUGUGUCUAGUUUAGAACCCAAAGUUUCUAGUGACACUCAAAGAGAUGCAGAUUUAGCUGUGUUAGCUACUGUGUUCACUGAGAGUUCUUUAAAGCCAGUGAGUAAACAGAGCCCAUUGCAUGACCUGCUGGCAGAAGAAGUUUUGGCAAAAUCCAGGGAAAGGGAUGAUGUUACUACUACAAAUGUGGAACCUAUUGAUGAUGACAAUUUUAUCGAGGCUAAAGAAACUAAAAAGAGCCGAAAAAAGUCUGCCAAAGCAAAGGGAACAGGAGCAAAAGUUUCAGUUCCUCUUAGUACUGUUGACACCCUUCUUGUUGGUGCAAAUACUGUUGAGAAAGGCAAAGGAUCCCGUCCAGCACCGCUGGAUAAGGAAGUAUUGCCUUCAAUUCCCUCAGGUCCUUCUUUGGGAGAUUUGUUCCUUGGAAAGAGGAGGCAGUUAACCCUUCUCCUGCUCCAGCAUGGUCUGCUGAUUCUAAGAAACUUCUCAAACCCACAUCAUUAAGGGACAUCCAAAAGGAGCAGAAUAGGAAUACCACUGCCCAGCCCACGAAUCCGAUAACAACUCAUAAAUCUCAACCAAAUCCGUCAACUCCCGUGGGUGUUUCAUCAUGGUCGGUAACUGCAUCUCCAGU